AUGGCAACAAAUCAAAUCCCACACGAACUCUUAGCUAAGUUGGCUGGUCAAAUCGUCCAGGAUCCCGGCAUUCCAGUCGCAGCGCCAACUGUUUCAGCAUGGCAAGAGCCAGCACAUCCCAUCGCGACUAUCCAGUCCGACGAUCUGCCGCAGCGCACUGACUUUGCCAUCAUCGGUUCUGGUAUCACUGGUACCAGCGUUGCUAAAACAGUCCUUGAACAUGGACUAGCACACGAUAAGACGGUCACUAUGUUUGAAGCUCGGUCUCUGACUACCGGGGCAACUAGUCGCAAUGGGGGCUUCCUGCUAAGCCAUGCUCCGCCGUUCUUCAAACGUUAUGCCGAGACUUUUGGGACCGAUGCUGCCAGACAAAUUGCCCUAUUCUGUGACCGCACACUGGAAAGCAUCGUGGACAUGGCUAAGGCUGAGAAUCUUGAUAAGGCAAGCCAGAUCAGAGACGUCACGACUGUUGCUAGCUUCGAAGAUGAGGAAGGGUUCGCCGAUGUGACCGAAUCUAUUCGCAUGUAUGAAGAGGCUAUUCCUGAAGCCAAAGGAAAAUAUACAAUCAUCAAUAAGGAAACAGCAGAGAAGGAGUAUCAUCUCAAGAAGUCUAGCGGUGCUCUUGUCGUUCAUUCUCGGGUUUUCUGGCCAUACAGACUGGUCACAAACCUUCUGCAGCGCCUUCUCCAACUUUACCCAGAGCGUUUUGCAAUCGAGACCCAGACACCAGCAAUCUCAAUCAUCAUCGAUGGGUCCGACAACGAAUACCCCUACAUAUUGACAACUCCCAGGGGGACUGUGAGAGCCGCAAAGGUCUUCCACUGCACCAGUGGUUUUACAGGCCACCUUCUACCCAAGCUCAGGGGAGCGAUCUUCCCUUGCCGACUCUCCAUGACAACUCAGAAGCCGGGACCCCAGUGGGGGAAUCGCCCCAACUCAUGGCUCUUUCAUUCAAAGCAAUCAUACGAUGCCAGCACCACCUUAGUCGAGCAAGGCCUAUACUGGAUGCAGCAAAAUGCAGAAACUGGUGAUCUAUUUGUUGGAGGCGACCUACAGAGGCUGGAUGAUUUUCUGUCCUCGGACGAUUCUGUCAUCAGCGCGGACUCCGCGAGAAACCUUACUGAUUUGCUCCCUAAGAGGCUCUUCAAGGAAGGCUGGACCAACCCCAUCACGAAUACGAUAAUGACCUCCGCCACUGCCCUUCAUAGAAUCUGGUCUGGAAUCCUCAGCAUGACCGCUGAUCAAGUCCCGAUUGUGGGGAGUGUGCCGACAAGUGUCAGCGGUAGAAAGGUUGAAGGAGGAGAGUGGAUUGCGGCCGGCUUCAAUGGAUACGGCAUGUCGCAGUGUUGGUUAUGUGGCGAGGCUAUUGCUCGUAUGGCGAUGGGAGAGCCAAAACCAGAGUGGCUCCCGGAUGUCUACUUGAGUACUGAGAAGCGUCUUGGAGACGAGGUGUCCAUGGGCCCAGACGCGGCUUUGGCGUCCUUCUUUGCGAGGUAA